CUCCGCAAGUAAUUUUUUAUUUGAGGCAAUUGAGACUGAAGGGCUCAUCAAUUUUUGUGUUUAUUUUAAAGAAGCAAUAUGGAACCAGAGCAUAUCGAAGAAGUCGAUGACGAAAAAAUCAUUUAUGAAUGGAGUCCACCCACAGGUCAAAAACAAGAAUUCUUUUAUAAAGGAUAUCCCAUCACUAGAGAACAAGUAAAAAAAGAUAAAAGAAAGCAAUUUAUGGCAGCUGAUCAAAGUAAUUAGGUCAAUAAAAUGUUUGAUAAUUCAAAAAUUAGAGAAUGUAGAGGACAUAAAGAAAAGGUACACACCGUUGCUUGGAACUGUGACGGUAGAAAGUUAGCGUCUGGUUCAGUGGACAAAACAGCGCGUGUUUGGACACCUCAUCGAGGGACAGAUAUUCGGUACUCUGUUGAACUUAAAGGACACACUGACAGCGUAGAUCAGCUAGAUUGGGAUCCAACUCAUCCAGAUAGAUUAGCAACAGCUUCAUGUGAUAAAACAGUGCGAUUAUGGGAUCAACGAUCUGGUAAAUGUACAGCUGUGAUACAGACAGCAGGUGAAAACAUCAAUAUAUGCUGGAGUCCAGAUGGAAAUCAUAUUGCAGUAGGCGAUAAAAACGACACGAUCAGCAUCAUUGAUACACGUACACACAAGAUUAUUGAUAAUCGCAAACAUCCAGUAGAAGUCAACGAGAUCGCAUGGAAUAAUGCCAAUAACCAAUUCUUUGUCACAACAGGACAAGGCACAAUCAAAGUCUAUGAUUAUCCAUCCUUUGAGUUACAGCUUAACCUGAGAGGACAUACAGCCAACUGUUACUGUGUAGAGGUAGAUCCUACAAGUAAGUAUCUAGCCGUAGGAUCAGCAGAUGCUCUAGUCACUUUGUGGGAUACACGAACCUUUCAAUGUGUCAGGGCCUUUGAAGAACUUACAUGGCCUGUUAGAACCCUUGGAUUUAGUUUUGAUGGCCAGUUUAUUGCAUCCGCUUCAGAAGAUCAUUUUAUUGAUGUGUCGCAUGUUGAAAGUGGAGAAUCCAUUCAUCAUAUAGAAUGCUCUGCAGCUAUGAAUACCGUAGCAUGGUCACCUCGUGAUUACUAUCUGGCGUAUGCAGGAGACGAAAUAGCCUCUGACGGAAAAUACGCAGGCAACUUGAAAAUCUUUAGCAUGAAGGAUCCUAGAGAGGACACCAAGCUACAAUAAAAACG